UGCCCUGUGGACAGAGGGCAGCGUGAGGGACGGGAAUUUCUAUCUCAGUUAUCACCUUAUUUAUCCUCAGCUGCACAUCCAGCUGCACUAAGCAGAAAUUGGGUUUGGAGCUGUUCAAAGUAACAAUGGGCUAAAUUCAACAUUGCCAUUUAUUGUUGGGUAUUAGAUAUUCCACCAUGGCUAAAGCCAGCAAGCAAUCCUCUGCCUGCAAAAGCAGACCUGCAGCUCUUCAAAAGCUCUUCAGCAGAAAAGGAGAAAACUGCCGGGGAUCCCUUUGCUGCUGCUGCUGCUGCUGCAAAGACACUGACAGGAACUUUCCUUCAGCCUCCCAGGCUGGCGCCCAGGUGCCACAUGCCGAGCUCACAACUUGCUGCACAAUUCCAAACACCAGAGGUUCCUUUCCCACUCACCAAAGGAGGAGCUGCUCGGGAUCCAGACAUGAGGUGCCCUGCAAUGGGAGAGGGAACAUGAACCAGAUGCUGUUAGGAGAUAAACUGCCUGUGGUGGGAAAUGCCACGGAGCAAGGCAACCCCGAGAGAGCAUUUUGUUUUCACAGCAUCCCUGCAGGAGCCACAGGCCCUUCCCACAGCAAGCAAGAGAACAGCACAAAAUACUGAGCUGGGUCAGUUCUUGGCUGGAGCAGCAAAGGGAGGGAGUUCCAGGCUCUGCUGGCACAGAGUCCCCGCUUGAGGGAACAGAACCCCCCAGGGCUCCUUGCAAAUGCUGUGCACGCCCCGCUGGCUGCAGACACCCCCUUUUUCAGCUGCAGCUGCUGGCAGGAGCUCUCCCAAAGCAAUGGUGUCUUCAUGGCAAUUUGGUUCCAAAGUCUGCUCAGCUCCAGAGGGAGAACAGAAAGCACAGAGCAAGGCCAAAGCCACAGAUGCUGCACCAAGGGAAAACCUGGACUUACGUGCCAAGUGGGUUAAAAAAUACCCCGAAUAAGCCACAGUGUACAGGGUGCCAACUGCAGCAAGCACGUGCUGGAUCAUUUUGGCUGCGCUGCACACGUCUGCAGCCUGUAGCCCUGCAAGCACAGAAGGACACCCGUCAGGCUGGGCUGGCUGCUGAGAAUGCCUCGGGCAGGAGGAUCCUCCGGCAAGGAGCCCAGAGCCACUCUGGACACUGAGGCCUCCGUGUCCCACAGCAACGGGAACACCACGGGGAUGUGGCAGUGUUCCUGUGACAGCACAGCAGCAGCUCACGCGGAAACCGCCUGGAAGCUUCUCCUGUGUCACAAAGGAGCACAAAGAACCCUCCCAGGGCACAGCCUCUUGCCCAAAGGAGCCAAGAGGAACUCGGGAAAUGCAGCAAACAAGGACACCCCAUAGCCCAGCCUGAACACUGAGGAGGAACAAGGACAGCACCAAACCAAAGGAAUCGUGACCUUUAGUCACUGAUACAUCUGACUAAAAGCAGCAAGCCUUGUUCCACCGGGGAUCUUUGUUCUAGUUCUAAUAACAAGCAAGGUUCUCCAGUCUAAAUACACAGAAGGCAGGAACUGGGGAGGAGGUGGGAUUGGGAGAGAGGAGGAGGAGGGAGAGAGGAAAAGCAGGAGCAGAAAGAGGAGGAUCAGACCAGGAAAAGAAGAAGCAGAAUGUUCCAGUGCCUCCUGUGGCCGCAGCCACGGGACCAUUGCCCCCACCUCAUGCUGCAGGUGAGCGGGGAGGGGGAGCUCGUCCCAAAUCUAUCAGGGGGUCCCUGAGAGGGUUUUAUAACUGGGGUGUCUUUGGAGCUCACAGAUUGUGGAAUUGAGCCCCAAAUAUCAUCUGGCGUCCCUGGGAGGUUUUUUUCACUGUGUGUGUAGGUUUAGAUCUUGCAGGACCCCAGAGCUGAGCCCCAUGGGGGGAUCUUUGGGGGUCCACGUGGCCUCUGUGCAGGAUGGGCAGGGGAGGACAUUGGUCCUGGGACCCCUGGGAGAGCAGAGGAGGGGAACCCCUGGGACCCCCAGAGUGGAGAGAGAAGAGAGGGGUGAUCCCAGAGCUGGGGGACACCUGGCAGCUUGGAAAGGGGAAGAGCCUGGAGAGGAGGGAUCCCUGGGAUCUCAAAUUAGAGCAUCAGGGGAGAAGGGACCCCAUGGACCCCCGAACGCUCCUGGAUCAUCCCUAAGCAAGACGCUGGAUAAGGGGAACACCUUGAGCCCUUGGACCCCCAUCAUCCAAGGAAAGGAAACCUCUGGAACCCCAAAAGUGAAGAGAUCAGCAAUAGGGAGCUCCUGGUGGAGUUUUUUUUUUUGGGCUGAAUCUUGAUAUUAUGGGUAUUUUCAUGGACACAAGACUCCUGCUGAGUUCUAGAGAAGGACUUGGGCAGGAGGAGCCUCUACUCCAAGGCGCUCCCACCUUGGUUUCCCCCGAACCAGGAUUUGUCAUUCCCUGGGUGUGGCUGGAUGGAGGAGGAGAAAAAGCCCCGGAGAUCCCUCACGAGGAGGGGCUGCAAACCCAGCCCAGAGAGCUGCAGGGAGGAAAGAGCCCCCCUGAGCCAGGAAGGCAGCCGGAGAUCCAGCCAGAACUCAGAGCUGAUGGAGAAGCCUCAUGGCAGGGAGAAGCUCCAGGAAUGCUUGGAAUGUGGGAAGGGUUUCAGCCUGAGCUCCACCUUGAUGGAACCCCAGAACAUCCACACUGGGGAGAGGCCCUGGCAGUGUGGGAAAGAUGGGAAGAGCUUCAGUGGGACCUCCAACCUCACCAAGCACCCCAAGAUCCACUCUGGGGAACAGCCCUGUGCAGUGGCGGCUGGCCUCGAAGGGGAAAGCGAUUGCCCCUUGGGAACGUCCCUGCUAGCUGUGGCCAGCACCACCAGCAGCCCUGGGGCACUCUCCUGAUCCCCGCUCCGGUCAGGAGGGCGCCUAAAGCUUUCGCCUUGAGGGACGAGGAUCCGCAAAGAGAGGGCUGCUACCCAACAGGAGGAAAGGAGGAGACGGACUCCAGCUGCAGUGUAAUCCGGAUUUAUUGGGUCCAGGGGAACUGAGCGCUGAAGACCCCGAACUCAGCUCUGACACUAACUUUUAAAGAGGGGAGGAUACAGAGGUGGAGUCUGGUCUUCAACUAAUCAGCGAGAGAGUGGGAGUGGGGAGAGGGUGAUAGACACAGUGGAACAAUCAAUAGGGAAAAGCCUGGGGAGGGGCCCUGGCUCGUGAACCAAUCACUGGACGCCCUGAGUGGAAGAUUCUAGAGGAAAAGGAUGGGCCGCCGAGUGAUGGACAGGGCACCAGGGAGGGAUUAAGAAACAGAUACAUGGGUUGCUAGGGGGAACAGGGAGGGGACCACUGGACUGAGGGGGUGAGCGAGGAGAGAGAGAAGCAGGGCAGAACCACUACAGACAAAGGUGUACAUGGAACAAACCAAUAUACAACUUAACAGGGCUAAAGCACAUGAAACACACCACAACAGCCCUGUGAGCGCUUGGAAUGUUAGAGAGCUUCAGGUGGAAUUCAGGGAUCAUCACUCACCAGCACUUCCACAGCAGGGAGAGACCCUGCCAGUGCAGGAAGAGCUUCAUGUGCUGCUCCAGCUCCAUCCCCCAUGGGAGGAUCCGCGCUGGGUGAUCCCCAGUGACCCCGUUGGGCAGAGCCCUGGUGACCCCGAUCCGGGCGAUCCCCAUUGCUGGGGGGAAGGUGCUGGAGAGAUUUCUUUGCCCUCUCCUUGUGCUGCUGUGAUUUGGUUGGUAAUAAAUUCCCUCCCUGUGCCCAGGCCGGGGUGUUGUGCCCGUGCCCGGUUUGCUGAGGGAUCUCUCCCGGUCCUUGUCCCCACGCAGGAGCCCUCGGUUCCAUUUUCUGUCGCUGUGCGGCUGCGGGGGGCAGGGACAGAGCGGCUCUGGGGGUGCCUGGCAUCGGGCCAGCGUCACCCCUCGGCACGGGCAGCCCCGAGACCCCGCGGCCCUGGGCGCGCAUUUCUGGGCACACCUGAGCUCGCACCUGCCCAGCGCCCCAAGGUUCCGCCUGCCUGGAAAAGCCCCAGCCGGGGCUGCAGCGUGGCGGGAACCCCCCAGCCAAUCCGAGCGCAGCAGGAGCGCGCCGCAGCCAAUGAGAGCGCGGGGCGUUGCGGAGUCAUCAGUCGCCGGGCAGAGGCUCCGGGCGGGCGCUCCCGGCGCAGCGCGGCUGCUUUGGGGCUGCGGCCCCUGCCCGGCGCUGCCGCGGGGCGAGGGGCGGCAGCUGCGGCCGCACUGGUGGCACUGCUGCUGCUGGCAGCCCCGGCUGCGGGCGCCGAGCUCUCGGGGCUGUUGCAGUGGAUUGCAAAGGCUGAGUGUCACUUCAUUAUCGGCACCGAGAGGGUGAAGUACGUGGAGAGGCACAGCUACAACCGGGAGCAGCUCCUGCACUUCGACUGCGACUUUGUGGGGCACUUUGUGGGGUUCACCCCCUUUGGGGAGAAGGUGGCCGGGUACAGGAACAACCUCCCGGAUUUCCUGCGGCUCAAAAGGACCGCGGUGCUCUGGUACUGCCGGAGCAACUCCGAGGCGGCCGCCGUGUUCCUCACGGAGCGCCGAGUGCCCAUCCCACCGUGUCCAUCUCGCUGGUGCCCUCGAGCUCCCAGCCCGGCCCCGGCCGCCUGCUCUGCUCCGUGAUGGAUUUCUA